AUGUCCACCCUCAACGCUCCUCGGAAGCGCGGCGAAGGAAAACGAAACACGGACACGGAGCGCCUCCAAAUACUCGGUCUGUUUUCUGCUCCGGACUUCGCAAACACGGCGCCUUCCAAUCGACGGGUCGCGAAGCAGUACGGCGUCAGCGAGUCCGCCAUUCGAGCACUACGUCUCAAGGAAGCCAAGAUCAUUGAACGAACCAAUGGCAAGUCUAAGGCCCAACUCGACCGCACACGACGGUACGCAAUGGCGGCGUUCCCCGAGCUCGAAACCCAGCUCCAUGCGUGGCUCAUGAACAUGCGUCGCCAAAAAGUGUCAAUUCCACCAAAUGUUGUACGGCACAAAGCCAAGUCAAUCGCCAAUUCGUUCGACCCACCCCUCCAAUUCGAAGCUUCGCCUGGUUGGCUCGAAAACUAUCGCCGGAGGAGCUCAGUUGGUAUCACCAUCUUACACGGGGAAGGCGGAGAAGUGGACAAAGAAGACCUGGAGCUUCUUGCUGGCCUUGCUGUGCUCUCAAACAUCGUAGCCACGUACCCUGAGCACUGCGUCUACAACUUGGACGAGACGGGACUUUUUUAG